AUGAAUCUUCUUUCCCUCCUGGGUGUAGCUUACCUGGUUCGCGCUACGCUUGCUGGUUCCAUCUCAUACUCCGGACCCACUGUCAAUACAAAGAACGGGACAUAUGGUGGUCGCCACGUACCCACAUACGACCAAGAUGUAUUUUUAGGUAUUCGAUAUGCUCAGGUAGUGACCGAUUUUCUGCAGAAAGUAGUCCGCUUCUCCCGGGCUGAACCUCUCAAUGAAUCAUGGGACGGAGUCCUACCUGCCACCGAAUACAAGGAGCACUGUUGGGGCUAUGGUAUUGAUUGGACCGGUCCGAAUGCAGACUGGUCUGGUUAUCCCAUGUCAGAAGACUGUCUCUACCUUAACAUUGUUCGCCCGGCUAAUCUUACCAACACCUCCCGACUACCAGUUGCAGUUUGGAUCCAUGGAGGGGGGUUUGCCAAAGGUGGAGGCUCGGACAAACGAUACAAUUACAGCUAUGCCGUGCGAGAUGCUGUCAACAUGGACAAGCCAUUUAUCGGUGUUACCAUUAACUACCGCCUCUCGGUGUGGGGUUGGCUUAUGGGCAAGGAGGCUAUGGAGGCUGGCGCUGUCAAUCUUGGGUAUCAUGAUAUGCGUCAAUCCCUGCGCUGGAUCAACGAAAAUAUAGCUGCAUUUGGCGGCGAUCCAGUAAAGGUGACUAUCGUAGGCGAGAGUUGUGGUGCUGAAGCUCUAGCGGCUCAGAUAUUAGCCUACAAUGGUCGUGACGAUGGACUUUUCCGGGCGGCUAUUGGGGAGUCUGGGUUUGGGGGUCGCAUUCCUCGAUUCCAUCCUGGUGGUUUUAACAGCACUGUCGCUGACCAAGAUCUAUUUGAUCGACUUGUAUUGAAUACGUCCUGUGCCGGCACUGUGGGAACCUCCGCUACUAUUCCCUGCCUCAGGAAUGCGCCGUUCGAUGAGAUCAAUCACGCCGUCAAUGUAUCUGGGAUUGCGCAGUGGGCUCCGGUGAUGGAUGGCGAUUUCAUCCAAGAUUACCCAACAAACCAGUUCCGGGACGGGAGGUUCGUCAAAGUUCCGAUCUUGAUCGGCGCCAAUACAGAUGAAGGUGGUUAUUUUCGGGGGCUUCGUGGGAACGCCAAUGUGACAAUCAUCAACUCGGAUGAUGAUUUUAAGAACAUGGUUAGACCAGUCUUCGCGGACAACGUCGAACAUGCAACCGGCAAGAGUGUCAACGAGCUUGUUGACGAGAUUGCAUUGAUAUACCCUAACAUCCAGAAUGUGGGCAUCCCCAGUCUCCAGGCCUGGCCUGUAGUCAUAAGCGAAACCACACCUGAUCUAGAGUAUUUGGGUCUCCAGGACCGACGGGGCAAUGCUUUUGGUGGCGAUAUAACUAAUAUUGCCUGGCGUCGAAAAUCCAAUAUUUACUGGUCUCAACAUGGAAUUCCUAGUUGGAGUUACAGGUUUGACGCCGUCCCAGAUGGCAUAGCAGUAGCAUGUGUUUUCAACGACAUACCAGGCGAAGGCUACAGACUGAAGCCGCUUCUUUCUGAAGCAAACAAAGCCUUGGCCAAGAAGGUAUCUGGGGCGUGGAUCAGGAUGAUCGCCGAUCUCGAUCCAAAUGGUGCCAAUGAAGAGACCACUUGGCCUAUCUAUAACACCUCUGCAGGUGGGAAUGUAGGGCAAAAUAUGGUAUUCAAUGUAAAUGGCUCCUUUAUCGAGUAUGACGACUUCCGUGCAGAAGCUCUCUUGUGGUUUGACAAUCACUUUCUCGAUGUUUUCGGUACAUAG